AUGGAGUUUGAUGAACAAGAAGAGCUUAACGGUGUCCGUUUCGCCUGGAACACGUUUCCGUCCACAAAAGCAGAACUGGCCAAGAUAGUUGUACCAACGGGUGUCUUGUACACGCCUUUAAAAUAUAGACCAGGCAUGAUGGUGGUUGGCCACGAUCCAAUCCUCUGUCACCUGCCAAGUUGUCGAGCAGUUUUGAACCCAUACUGUACCAUUGAUCCUUCCGGCUUCUGGAUUUGUCCGCUUUGUGGUACCCGUUCCCCGUUGCCUCCAAGCUAUCAUGGCAUGACUCAGGAAAACUUGCCAGAGGAGUUGAAGGGCACCUCCUCCACCAUGGAAUACGUCACAUCCAAGCCAGUGCAGCAUCCUCCAAUUUUCUUGUUCGUGGUGGACUUGUGUCAGGAUGAGGACAACUUAAGGGCAUUGAAGGAAACGUUAGUGAUAUCGCUUUCAUACCUUCCUCCAAAUGCUUUAGUGGGCUUAAUAACAUACGGCUCCAUUGUCCAGGUCUACGACUUGGGCGCAAGCACCGUCAACAAGUCUUACAUUUUCCGUGGAGACAAGGAUUACACAGAGAAGCAGGUGGCUGAUAUGUUGAAUAAGCCUGUGAUUGCUCAGCCAGGUCAGAUAGGUAUUCAAAGCUCCUUGCAAAGAUUCUUCUUGCCAAUUGAGGACAUUGAGCAUCAGUUGACUUCUCUUCUUGAGAACUUGACCCCAGACCCUUGGCCUGUUGCUCAUGGUGACAGAGCCAAUCGCGCUACCGGUUCUGCUAUCAACGUGGCUGCCAACUUGCUUGGUAGUACCUUCUCUGGUUUCGGCGCAAGAAUCUUCUUGUUUUCCGCUGGCUCUUGUACGCUCAACCCAGGUAUGAUUGUUGGUCCCAAAUUGAAGGAGGCUAUCAGAUCUCACUCCGACAUCGACAAGGAGAACGCUAAGCAUUAUAAGAAGGCCGUGAAGUUCUACGAGAGCAUCGCCGCCAGAGCAGUGAAGCAUGGCCACACAAUUGAUUUGUUUGGUGGAUGCUUGGACCAGGUCGGCUUCUUGGAAAUGAAGUCCAUGUGCUCAAAUACUGGUGGUGUGUUGUUGUUGUCUGAUGCCUUCACAACCUCUAUUUUCAAGCAAUCUUUCUUGAAACUUUUCAGCAAGGAUGACCAUGACUUCUUGCUCAUGGGUUUCAAUGGCACCCUUGAUAUCAAGUGCUCCAGAGAAUUGAAGGUCAGUGGGUUGAUCGGCCAUGCAUCUUCAUCUAAGGUCAAAUCUCCAAAUGUUUCUGAAAACGAAGUGGGUAUUGGAGGCUCUUCAAAAUUCAAAAUGUGCUCACUCACUCCACAAAGCACGCAAGCCAUAUUUUUCGACGUUGUCAACAACCUGCCAUUGCCACCAAACGCACAAUCAUACAUUCAAUUCAUCACGCACUAUCAGCAUGCCUCUGGCACCUACAGAAUUAGAGUCACAACUGUCUCUAAUAUUCUAACGGGCGAUGAGCAGACUUUGACGCAGUCCUUUGACCAAGAAGCGGCUGCAGUCUUGAUGGCAAGAAUCACCUUGUUCAAGUCAGAACAAGAUGAUGGCGCAGAUGUCUUGAGAUGGAUCGACAGAAUGUUGAUCAAAUUGUGUCAAAAGUUCGCAGAUUACAGAAAAGAUGUUGAAGCCUCCUUCAGAUUGCAUCCACAAUUCAGUUUCUUCCCACAGUUCGUGUUUUACUUGAGACGUUCUCAGUUCUUGCAAGUCUUCAACAACUCGCCCGAUGAGACUGCGUUCUAUAGACACGUUCUUUUGACGGAAGACUGCGCUAACUCCUUGCUUAUGAUUCAGCCAACCUUGACCGCAUUUGCGCUCGAUUUAGAAGCCCCAGAGCCAGUGUUGUUGGACUCCGUUUCCAUCAAGGAUGACAGAAUCUUGCUCUUAGACACUUUUUUCCACAUCUUGAUAUUCCACGGCAAAACCAUUGCCAACUGGCGCAAGGCUGGUUACCAAGACCAGGAAGAAUACUCGGACUUCAAAGCCUUAUUGGAUGAGCCUAAGCUAGAAGCAGGUGAGUUGUUGGUUGACCGUUUCCCAUUGCCCAGAUUUAUUGAUACCGAGGAAGGCGGUUCGCAGGCCAGAUUCUUGUACUCCAAGUUGAACCCUAGUACUUCUUACAACUCCGAGGAAUUUGCGCCUGGUGCCGUUGUCUUGACUGAUGACGUUUCUUUGCAGGUGUUUAUGUCGCACUUGCAGAAGUUGGUGGUCUCUGGAUCCAACUAA